AUGGAAAAGUCGACCCUGACAAGGCCUGUUCAUUCAUCUUGGCAAAAGCUUGGCUGGCUGGACUGCCUGGUGUGGCGGUCUGGCUGGGCCAGUGCAGGCCAGGCACCACCGCGCCGGUCCCUUACGAUCCCACCCGGGGGCUCCAGCCCUGGCUGGUCCAUCACCAACGACGAUGCCUUUGUCUCCUCCAGCAUAAGAGACGAGGUUCGUUCUCAAGACGACGACAAGGCCUGUGAGAUGCACUACCUGUCAGCCACCAUAUCGUUCCUGGCCCUCAUCUCGUCCGCCCUCGCAGCAACCACCACCACCACCACCAUGUCGGUUCCACCAGGGAGCCAUCCCCAUGGCGAUGCGCCCCAGGACCUGACCGAGGCUCUCAUCGAGCUCCUUGUUGGCCCCAAGAACACCGGCAUCCGCGCACAGGUCCACCAGAACGCCCUCACCCGCGGCAAUACGCCUUCUGCCGGUCUCGCCGGCAAGGUCCAUCUGCUCGGCCCCCCUCCGCCCGGCUCGCCACAGCCUCUCUGGAUGGUCGACCGCCUCCUCGAGCCGCAGACCAUGGUGCACUUCCUGCAGUCGGCCUUACACGGCGUGCUGCCCGGCGGCAGCAAGUCCUCUCUGCCCCUGGUCCACCCCGAGGUCGUCCAGCUUCUUAGCACCCCGCCCAGCCAGUGGGCUCCCGCGCCCUACAACACCAAGCCGCAGCCGUACAUGUUCGAUAUCAUGACGCGCAUCGGCUCGCACGAGGACAACACCCGGCUGCAGGUCGUCAGCAAGGACCUCCACUUCCAAAAGUCGCGCGCCUGGGAGGGCAUCGUGCCCAUGUCGGACCGGCACUGGGCAGAGCAGGAGCUCGACCACCCGUCCAACUUCCCCCAGGCCUGCCAGCACAUCACCGCGCUGAUCGACGUCUUUCUCUACUUGAACCUGGACCAUGUCAAGCACGCCCUGCGGACAACCUAUAAUCUGAUCCACGACCACCUCGGAGAAUUCGAAAAGGCCCUGGAGGCCAAAUAUGCUGCUGAGACUGCAGCAGCAGCAACCACUGCUCCGGCUCCUCCUGACAGUGCUACUGCUGCUACUACUACUACUACUGAAACCAAACCCACAACCACAAGCACCAGCACUGGGGAUGAUGACGACGACGACGACGCCUACGUCGAGCCACCCCGCGGGCCGGCCAAGCUGACGGAGCACUGGGCCGAGUACAUGACCGUGCACUUUGCGCACAUGGAGACGCGCGCGCACGCCUGGGCCACGGCCCACCUCGACACGCUCAAGCAGGGCGUCCUCUCGCGCCUCCAGGCGCACCAGCAGCCGGGACCUCCCGACGCCCAGCCCAACGGGCCCUACGACGAGCUCCAGUGGCUGCUGACCAACAUGUGGCAGGACCUGGUCGAGAACCAGGCCUACGUCGACUGCGCCAUGUUCAUCCCCCUCGACGGGUACCACGGCAUGAAGCCGGGCCUGUCGGCGACGGGGCGGCCCACGAACCAGACGGUCGCGGAUGCGAUGGACAGGGAGAGGCGUGGCGGAGGCGCUGAGCCCGACGACAGCGCUGGCGCCACGCUGCCGGGGCAGCAAGGGUUGUCGCGCCCGAUGUAUGUCGAUCCGGACAUCCAGGUGCGCAUGACCCAGUACCACCUCAAGCGGCGGGAGCUGCAGAUGCUUCACAUGAUGAACCACACCAUGGCCAAUCUGCUUGCCGGGAUUCCGUCGAGGCCGGAUAGGCCGCUGAACGACCCGGCGGAUAUCCUUCUCAACGCCCAGGGCCAGGAUGUCGCCCAGAGGCAGACUCGUGUCCUGCUUCGGGGAGGGGACGAUCGAGUCGCUGCUGCUGCCGCCGCCACAGCUGCUGGACAGAAGAAGACGAUGGGGAAGGAGUCAUGGGUUCUCGAGGGCGAGACGAUGCACAGCCAGAUCGAGGUCGUCUUGUACCGCACGUACCACGGGCAUGACGACGACGACUGGAACAAGUUUGUCGAGAAGUUCGAGGCGGACAACGAAGAUUGGGGCAAGGAACUGGUCGGCACGGAUAAGCUGCGCGCCAAGAUGAAGUUGACGUGGCGGAAUGUUGUCGGAGAGCUUGACUUGGAAGGUGUCGAGGCGGUCAAGAAACACUUCAACGACAAUAUUUCCGAGGACGUGCACGGCAUCGAUUUCGUCCUGUUUGCCGACGAGGCUAGUAUCGAGUCGUACCUCAACCCGGUCACUACCACCACCACCGCCACCACCGCCAAUGCUUCUGGUACGGCUUCCGGCGCCACCCAGCCCAAACUACUCCCCGGAGAUGUCGGCGGCUUCAUUCUUGCCGUCGAUGUUCAGUUUGACCCAAGCGCACCGCCCCACGAGCACUCGGACGAGUCGCCAGAGUAUGCCGGCGAGGUGCGCCUGAGGGGCAGCUUGCUCUGGGACAACGUGAUGCCUGCGAGCAUCCUGCAGAGCGAGAGCAUCGAGGACUUGUGGCCCAUGGCGAGGGUGCAUCCGCGCAAGAUGUACACUGGCCCCGUGGUGAAGGCGCAGCUGGCGGCGUGGGGGGCUAAAGGGUUGGGUGGCAGAUAUUCUCCAACGCUCGGAAUGCAUGAGAAGUUCAAGCUCAACGCCAUCAAAGGCCGGGGCGCCGGUGGCAGAGCCGCCGCCUUUACCCGGAGAUCCAAUUGCAUGGCCCGCCGUAGAGCCUUGGUGCAUUAGGCAGUUGAGGUUGCUGGCCGUGGCCGCGUAUGUGGGAACAACCCGGACGUGAAGGGUCUUCCCAUUUCGCAAGUUUUCAUCACCAUUAAAGCGGUGACCAAGAUGGCGUGACUGGGCGAGGUUGACACGGAGGAGCAUGUACGGUAAUCUCGUAACGCGUUAGUUCUUGUGGAGACUUGUCAGCCUGAUGUCAGAACUUAGUAGAAUGAAGUUGGACAAUCAUUUCGGUGGCUGGGAGGAUUUAUUCUCCCUCAAAGAACUCUUGUUGCCAAUCGUCCAUGGCCUGGCCGAUGUGCAGGCAGUAGCAUAGUGCUCUUCGACUGCAAUAUUUGCGCCGGAACAAUAUGUAGAUGUGGUGCUUUUCCG